AUGGUUGGUGGAAUAGAACAUUAUCCAGAAACCCCAUUACUGCCGGCAACAUCUUCUGAUUCAAAUGUUGUAUACUCAGAUAUUGAGAAAAAGGGUACAAUAUGGACUGCAGCGGCACAUAUUAUAACAGGGGUUAUAGGGGCAGGGGUACUAUCACUUUCAUGGAGUAUAGCACAAUUAGGAUGGAUAGCUGGUCCAUUGGCUAUUCUAUUCUUUGCAGUAGUGAUGCUAUUUGCAACUACCAUACUUAGUGAUUGCUAUAAGUCUCCAGAUUCUGUGCUUGGCCCUACCACAAAUCACUCUUUAUUGGAAGCCGCAGGAUUUUACUUUAGUAAGUUACUGUUCACUGUAUAUCUUUUACCUUCUAAUUAUUGUCUUGUAGUGUUCAGGCUUAGUAGCAGAGCCAGCUAGGGCCGAGGAGGUUCAUUUGUACCCCUUCAGCGGAAAUUACACUGUUUAUACUUGAUACAUGGUUAACAUUAUUUUUAUGUAUAUACAUGUUUUGGAAUCACUUGGUGAAAAUCCUGGCUCCGCCACUAAAUCGGGCUAAUUUACCCACCUCGGCUAUUUGAUCGGUACCUGCUACCUACCACUAUCACAUAUGUUGGAUAACUCUAUCACUAAGAUUUAGGCAGAAGAGAGAAAUCACUCUGUUGGGAUUUGAUUUACCUUCUUAUAAACCUUUUGUUGUUAUCAUCAUCGUCAUCAAUUAUUUUGCAUAUGAAAGUUGGAUGACUUUUGGAGAGAAGGCUGAACAGUUAUGUGUAGCUAUUGUGACUGAGCGUUUGCAUCCUGGAAAUAGAUAGAAAAAAUAAAAAAAGUCUACUAAGAAGAACAGAAAAUAUAAAUAUAAUCAUGUUAUUAAGAACUCAUUUGGCUUUAAGAAAUUGAUAGUUACUGUAUCACAAUUGAAACAAUGUAAAGAUUGUGGUCUAGAUUUUUGUUGACCUUCUUGUGACAUUACAAGUUUUCAUGAAGGCUUGGCAGUCUAGUGGUCCCAUGGUCUAGUGAUCAGGACAUUGGAUUCUGAAUCCAGUAACCCGAGUUCAAAUCUUAGUGGGACCUUUAGUUUUGGGUCUAUCGGAAACGGCCUCUACCCCAGAAAGUUAUGAGUAAGGUCUGCCUACAUCCUACCCUUCCCAAACCCCACUAGUGAGAUUACACUAGGAAUGUAGUUGGUGUUACUUGGCAGUCCCAGUCACAUCGACCAAAUUUGUGAUUUUCCAUUGAUUUUAAUAUCUUUUUUUUUUCAUACUAGCAUCCAAAAAAACCAAACAUUGAUUUGAACCUAAGUUUGGCUUGACCUGCUAGGCCUUGAAAAAGACAUGCACAUGGAGUGUGUGAAUGUAAGUAUGUUAUGUACAGAUCUGGCCAUAGUGACAAGAUCCAAAAUGGGUAAAAGUUAUUGGACUCUAUGUUUAAAUAGUCACCCCCCCAUUGUGACAUGUCUAUCUCAUUGGUAUGUUCAAUUUGGACUGUUGCUUUUAUAAUUAUUUGGCAAGAAGAUAUUUUUUCUUCAAAAUUUGUAUCUAUUUGCAGUUAAAGGGUAGAAUUACAGCAAAAGAGCUACAACCAAACAUUUCUUUAUAGUGGAAGUUCCAUCAUUGUUGACUAAAUUUGUGGCUAACUCCAACAAAGACAUUCUUUCCCUCUAUCCUUUUCAUUAAUGUGAUGACUGAUGAGAACUUAGCACUACUACAUGGUACUAUAUAGUGUUGUUGUUGUGAAGGGAGGAGUAUAAGAGAAUUACGUCUUUGAACGUUUCUACUAAUAGGUGAAGGCUUUAUACAGCUCAUGUUUUAUGUAAUAUCUAUUAAGCUACCUGCAUAUUUUCAAAGAGUUGCUUUGAGGUUUUUAGUUUCCGUUGUCUAAGAAUAUAUCGAACGGAGAUGGAAGCUCAACGUUCUCUAGAACAAGAGAAAACUUCAGGCAAAGAGGAUGAAGAUACAAUUAGAACAGG